CUUAGGUGCGUUCGCCUGUGGUGCUCGGCGUACGGGUGCCUGUGGGUGGUGGCUAUCUCAUCCUUUCUCCAUCACCGCGCAGCCCUGAGGGGCCAGGGGAAAAGCACACAGUGCUGGAGGUUUGUCGGCUUUGAGUGCGUCCGUGACUGAACUGCACCAGCUGAACAUCCCCAAAAGAAGCAAGCGGUGCUCCUGUGAGUUGCUAUCACUUUGGCAUACAUUGAGAGAGGACGAUGUGCAACACACCAGUGGCUGUGGUGACCGGGUCUAACAAAGGGAUCGGAUUUGCAAUUGUGCGGGCUCUAUGCAAGCAGUUCCCCGGGGACGUGUACGUGACAGCCCGAGACACCGGCCGUGGCCAGGAAGCAGUGGCAAAACUCCAGGAGGAGGGGCUGCAUGCUCUCUUCCAUCAGCUGGAUAUUGAUGAUCUGCAGAGCAUUAGAGCUCUCCGCGACUUCCUCAAGGAGAAAUAUGGCGGGCUGAAUGUGUUGGUUAACAACGCAGGGAUCGCUUUCAAAGUUAAAGACACAACUCCGUUUGCAGUCCAAGCAGAGGUUACCCUGAAGACAAACUUUUUUGGAACCAGGAAUGUUUGCAAUGAAUUGUUGCCUCUUGUGAAGCCUUAUGGUAGAGUGGUGAAUGUCUCUAGUAUGGUAAUUAACUCAGCUCUGAAAGGCUGCAGCCAAGAACUACAGCAAAAGUUUCGCAGUGACACAAUCACUGAGGAUGAGUUAGUGAAACUCAUGACCAAAUUUGUGGAAGACACCAAGAAAAAUGUGCAUGAGAAAGAGGGCUGGCCAAACACUGCCUAUGGGGUAUCCAAAAUUGGUGUCACAGUCUUGUCCAAGAUUCAGGCCCAAAUGUUAAAUGAAAAGAGAAAAGGUGACCACAUCCUUCUUAAUUCCUGCUGUCCUGGAUGGGUGAGAACAGACAUGGCAGGUCCUAAUGCCCCUAAAUCACCAGAUGAAGGGGCUGAGACCCCAGUUUAUUUGGCCCUUUUACCUUCUGAUGCUGAUGGUCCUCAUGGCCAACAUCUUAGUGACAAAACUGUUCAAACCUGGUGAGCUUAUGUAUGUGGGCCCGUGCAAGUGGUAAUAUGACUGUGGAAUAUCCUGUGCCUUGGCAGGGGACAUUUACUCAGAACAGUCUCAUCCAGUUCACAGCAGCAGGGUCCUUAAUUAUUAAAAAGAGAGUUAUAGUUAUGGUACUCCUCUGGGAUUGGGUCUACACAAGGGUACGCUUCCCAACACUGUCCAGUGGCCUGCUCACAGCGUUGACUGGGUACCCUGAAAUCUGAUUUGUGGAUGUUCCAGCCCAUAUGAUACAGCUGAGUUGGUGUUGCCCUAAUGUAGGUGGGAGUCUGACCUUGUUUAACCUGAAUUUACUCUUAAUUAAAUCAUUGCCAGGCCUUCUCCGACUCCUCCAAGACAGAUCUCUAACAUGGAGUUGUGAUGAGGAAAGAGAUGUCUUAUGCUUUCUCAACGCAAUAGAUUUAUUUCUAGCGACCAUAGUUGCUUCUCGAGGUUGUACAAGAUUUCUAAAAGGGGGAAGAAUUGUUCUAAGAUCUACAGUCUGACCAGUUUGGAGGGAGGCUAAUAAGACCAGAACAUAAUCACUGCUGUAUAGACACUCCUCAUUAUCAGUACAAAAUGGAAUUAAUUGAAAAUAAAAAUAGCAGUGACAUGCUAUUAAAAUAAAAAAUUAAUCAGUUGGCUUAAUUCAUAUGUAUGUCAAUAAAUGAUUACUUAUUAAUUUGUAUUCAUGCAAGUGGCUUAUUCUGGUACUGAAAAUUUGUAAUAUUUGAAAAUACACUUUAAUUUUCUGUAGCUAAAUUUGUAGCUGGAAUGUAUGGUGCUUGGAGAAUAUAAAGAUAAAAUAAACUACAGCAUUUAUAUUGUU